AUGGAAACAGCUUGCAAUGGCCCGCAAAUGGCACACCGUCGACAGCUGCCCGCCGACGCUGGUCACACGCGUGCACGUGGGGCGUCCGGAGACCCCCCGGAGAGUAACACACAGGAACCACACUACUGGGCCACUUUACACCGACUACCUAACGUAGCGUACAAUACAACGCGUCAUCUCCAACCGCCACGUGCGCCUAAACCCCCCCCCCGCCUAAAAGUCGGCGGGCAGGCCGCAGGCCGCGCUGAGGUACUUGAGGGCCGAGAUGAUGUCGCCGGCGUUAUGGCAGAGGCCGAGCGGCCAAUCGAGGCGCUCCUGCACGCACACGCAGUGGCUCUCGUCGCACGAGACCACGUCGGCCGUGAAGCCCACGGCGUCCACGCUGGUCAUGCUCACGGCCGACAGCUGCGACAGGUCGUCGAACCGCUUGCCGAACCGCACCACGUACUGCGCCAGGUCGCGCAGGUGUUCCCUGUUCAUGAACUCGCACACCGUCGCCCCCACCGCCGCCACCUCGGCAACCUCCGCCCCCGCGGGCGCCGCGGGCACCGCCGCCGCCGCCGCCGCCGCCUCGCCCGCCACGGCCUCGUCUGGCACGAUCCGCUCGAACGGCACGCGCGGACCGCGCGACGGCCGCGACACCGACACCAUCGAGAUUGCCGCCGUGCGCCGCUGGCACACGCCGCGCCGCCCGCCGCGCGCGGGCGCGCCGGCGCCCGGGGGGAGCGUGAAAGCGGGCGUCAUACUUGUAGGGAUGCGGGGGGCAGAGGGAGCGAGAAAGAGAGAGUGAGAGAGUGUGUGUGA